GUCGUUUGGUUCGUUCGGACGUUGCGUUGAGUUUUGUCUUAUGUGUGCGGUAUGAACCUCUGUGUUCUGGGCAUCUGUUGGAUUGCUUUGUAAAUUGGCCAUGUGAGGGCGAAGCAUCUUACGAUACGAAACUUGUCUCCAUGCCCUCGCUGCGUUCGAUAUAAGCAUGCAAUUGUGACUCAUUGGCAAAAGCAAAUACAAAAAAUACGUCCAAAAACUUGAAGAUUCGAGCAUUUAACACAUAUUUCACACAAGCGCCAAAAUGGGCUUCUCAACGGCCCUGCAGGGCCGCGCCGCACACGAGGCGCUAAUCGUGCGCCAAGACGCGGAACUGCGUCUCAUGGAGACCAUGAAACGAACCAUCCAAAUGAAGGCCAAAUGCGACAAGGAGUACGCAAUCAGUUUGAUAGCCGUCGCUCAACAGGGUCUCAAAAUCGAUCGGGCUGAUGAAAUGCAAGGCAGCCUCAUCACAAAAUCCUGGCGAUCCUAUAUGGACGAAUUGGACCAACAGGCCAAGCAAUUCAAAUUGAAUGCUGAACAGCUGGAGGUGAUCUGCGAUAAGCUAGCUCAUCUCUCCCAGGACAAGAGGAAGGCGCGCAAAGCCUACCAGGAGGAGCAUGCCAAAAUUGCGGCACGCCUCAACCAUCUCACAGACGAGGUUGUGCGCAAGAAGAGCGAAUACCAAAAACAUUUGGAGGGCUACAAGGCGUUACGCACGCGCUUUGAAGAGCACUAUAUAAAAGCACCGGGUCGAAGUGGUCGCAAGCUGGACGACGUCCGGGACAAAUAUCAAAAGGCCUGUCGGAAGCUCCAUCUUACCCACAACGAAUACGUGCUGUCCAUCACCGAGGCCGUCGAGGUUGAGAAAGACUUUCGCACAGUGCUGCUGCCAGGUCUACUGGAGCAUCAACAGUCGGUGCAGGAGAGCUUCAUACUGCUGUGGCGCAACAUACUCUUGGAGGCGGCACAGCACGGCGACUUGACAGCCGACAAAUUCAAAGAGAUACAGAAACGCAUCGACACUGUGAUAAGCGGCAUAAAUCCGACAGAGGAGUACUCGGAGUUUACAGAGAAACACAAAACUUCGCCCACAACGCCGCUGCUCUUUCAAUUCGAUGAAACACUCAUCGAGGACAUACCAGGCAAGCUGACAGCGAGCACCCUGACCGUUGACAAUCUCACCGUAGAUUGGCUGCGCACGCGACAGCUGGAACUGGAGUCGGCCGUUAAGGAUUGCCAGGAGCGACAACUGAAGAUCAUUGAGCAUGUGAAUGGUGGCUCGCCGGUAGCCAAUGGCAGCAUCAUAUCCAAUGGCAGCAGCGCAUCAAAUGGCAUACAGUCUAACAAAGAUAGUCAAAACCGCCAGUCGAAGGACCUCAAUGCACUGCGCUGCCAAGAGAAGCAGAAACAGAAACUCGUCGAUAUGAUCAAGUGUGCACUGAACGAGGUGGGCUGUGAGGAGCUGCCCUCCGGCUGCGAUGAUCACCUGUCGCUGGAGCAGAACUUUAUCGAGCAUGGCUUUAACAACGAGCAACAGCGCUCCAACUCCACUAGCUCUCCAGGUCUGGGUAUUAUGAAUGAGCUGAUGCGCCGUGGGGGCGUACUUACGCUGCUGCGUGGUCGUGGACGCCAUUUCAAACGCAAGUCAACGCCACAGCCAACUACGCCGAUGGCCAGAAUGCGUCCAGGUAGAUUCUCGAAGAUGCAGCCUCGCUCACAGAGCCUGGGAUCGCUGUCGGUAAUUACGGAUGCGCGUAGUCCUGCACGUUACGAGCCAGUUACUAACCCCAUGCGUCUGGCGGCGAGCGUCCACUAUCUCGGCGAGGAGAUUGUGCCCAGCGCUCAGCCGCCGGCGCUGCCUCGUUUACGACGCACGCAGUGUUCGAUGUUGUGUUUGGGCGAGGAUGAGCAAUCGCUUGAUCCGUUGCAGUUGCCGUUACCGUUGCCGUUGCCGUUGCCGUUGCCACUCCCGGUGACCUUGCCCACGUCCGCUUCCGCUGCCUCGCCCCUAACCACCACUGCCAUUACUAACACUAACAACAAUCACAUCUAUGCGGAUCUGGAGCUGGUGAACAAGCCCUCAAGCGCUCAACAGGACGCGGAUGCGAAUGCAAAUGCGGAUGCGGAUGCGGAUGUUGAAAGCAUUGCCAGUGAAAACGAGCUGCAAGUGACGUGUCAUCAGAUUCAGAUUGAAAUCAAUCGCGUCGAGUCGGACGACGCACAGGUAGCGCCCCAAAGCUCCAUCGAUGCACACCUAGACCAAAUUGAUGAGCUGAAUCGCGUACUGGACGAUCGGUUAAAGCGCAGCUUGCACCCCGUUAGCCCCAGUGAUGUGAAUGCCAUCGAGAGUGCUGAUGAUAUGAAUGUACAAAAACGCCGAACGGAACUAGAUGCCGAUAGCCGAGCCAAGCGCAAUUCCAGCUCGAGCUCAGAGUGCCGCUCCUCGCAGCACUGCGCCAAAGAAGCCGUCCAAAGCAAAAAGCGAUCACUGUCCUUCACGCAAAAGUCCAUUAGCAACAUAAUUAGCAACAUUCGGGAGUUCUCCAAAAGCCCCUUGGCGCGCAUGGCCAAAAAUGGGACUCUCCCCGAGGAGCCGGAUCCAACUAAGCUCGCCAGCGAGCCGAGCCAACUUUCCAACAGCAGUGAAUCCCACACUCAACAUAGCAACACUAACAGCAACAGUGUUCACAACAACAACAACAACAAUGAUGCCAAUCCGUGCCCGCCAACAAUUAUCGCCAGCUCCAUAACAACGACACUAACAACGACAAGCUCAUCAACAUCGACAACGAUACCGUCCAAGGAAACCUCAAGACUGAAAUUUAAAGUGCCAAAAAUACAAAAGAAAUCAAAAGCCAUCCGCAAUACAUUCCGUACCAAGCUGCUCAGCUUCCAGCUGAGGCGAUCCAAGCCGUGCAAGCAGUGCACCAAACGGCGACGCAUUCAUCCCAGCAAAAGUGUAUUUGACUUUGCCAAGGAGUUCGAGACGAGUCCACACGAACAGGCCGAGCAGGAGCAGUUCUGCAGCUGUCCGGCGCUGCCGCAGAAACCGAAGGGCAAACUAAAAGCAAUGCGCAUGUCCUGCCCAAAGGAUCGCCCUUUCGAGAUACACAGCUCCGACGAGCUGGACGACGAGGAGGAAGACCCCAACGAGGAUAGCAGCAGCGACGAUGUGCUCAGCAUUAAGGAGCACUGCUACUGCGUGCCCAGCUUGGCAGCGAGUCUCUCCCUGUCCACGAAUCGUCCACUGUACGAGGAGGAGUGGUUCCACGGCGUGCUUCCUCGCGAAGAGGUCGUCCGUUUGCUGAACAACGAUGGCGACUUCCUUGUGCGCGAAACAAUACGCAACGAGGAGAGCCAAAUCGUAUUGAGCGUCUGCUGGAACGGACAUAAGCAUUUCAUAGUGCAGACGACUGGAGACGGACACUUCCGCUUCGAGGGCCCGCCCUUCCCCAGCAUACAAGAACUAAUCAUGCAUCAGUAUCAUUCGGAGUUGCCGGUGACCGUCAAAUCAGGUGCGAUCCUGCGCCGACCCGUAUGCCGAGAGCGUUGGGAGCUAAGCAACGACGAUGUUGUCCUACUCGAAAAGAUCGGCAGGGGUAACUUUGGCGAUGUGUACAAGGCCAAGCUAAAGUCCACGAAACAGGACGUGGCCGUCAAGACCUGCCGCAUGACGUUGCCCGACGAGCAGAAACGUAAGUUUUUGCAGGAGGGUCGCAUCCUAAAGCAAUAUGAUCAUCCAAAUAUUGUCAAGCUGAUUGGCAUUUGCGUGCAGAAGCAACCUAUUAUGAUUGUCAUGGAACUGGUGCCGGGUGGCUCCUUGCUAAACUAUCUGCGUAAGAACUCAAAUUCUCUCACCACACGGCAACAGAUGGGCAUGAGUCGAGAUGCUGCUGCAGGCAUGCGAUAUCUGGAGUCUAAAAACUGUAUACAUCGCGAUCUCGCAGCUCGAAAUUGUCUUGUGGAUUUCGAGCAUAGCGUCAAAAUAUCAGACUUUGGCAUGUCACGCGAAGAAGAAGAAUACAUAGUUUCCGAUGGCAUGAAGCAGAUACCAGUUAAAUGGACAGCGCCCGAAGCGCUUAACUUCGGCAAAUACACAUCGCUCUGCGAUGUUUGGUCCUACGGCAUUCUUAUGUGGGAAAUAUUCUCCAAGGGCGACACUCCAUAUUCUGGAAUGAGCAAUUCGCGUGCCAGAGAACGCAUCGAUACAGGAUAUCGCAUGCCCACACCGGAGAACACGCCGCCAGAAAUGUACCGUCUGAUGCUCAAGUGCUGGGCCGCUGACGUCGAGUCACGUCCGCACUUCGAUGAGAUCUACAAUGUCGUAGAUGCGCUCAUACUGCGCCUGGACAAUAGUCACUGAGCUCAGUAGCUAGCAAUGAUGUUCGUGAAGCUGUAAUUAACUAUUUUUAAACCAUACUCAAGGUAGUUCUGAGUAAGCGCUUUUAAAGUAUGUCACUUCCUAGGACUACACAACGAAUGCCUGUAUUUAUAAAAUACCGUUACUGUAACACAUACAUAUAAGAUAAUUGCCUAUAUUUAAACCUUAGCAUAUUGACGAUAUUAUUACAUAAAGAUAUGCCGAUAUAUAUAUUUAUAUUUAUAUUUUAUAGUCGUGUAUAUUUUAACAUAUGUGUGUAACCAGCUGAGUGCCUGCUCGAGUGUGCGUGUGUGACUGUGUAUGUGAUCCUGUCUGAUUUGUCGUUACGAAUCCUUAUUGUGCCAAAAACAGCAAAAAGAAGAAGAAGAAGCCAGAGAAAUUUCGAAAACUCAACGUGUGCUUGAUGAACUCUUAGCCCUAAGUUCUUGAAUUUAUGUUUUGUAGUUCUUUAGAUUUAAGGAUGAGAAAACACACAUUGUAAAUUAUACAGUCUAGCAGACUUCAUAUUGAAUUGUAUAUUUAUUUAAUGCUAUUUACACUUCUACUAUGAUUACAACAUUAUUAUUAACAUACAUUCAAGCUCUAAAUUAAGCUCAAAUUUUUGCAGUGUUGCAAAUUUUGUGCAAUAAAAAUAAAAAAUAAAAUAAAAAGUAAAUUUCU